AUGGUGGACCAUGAGCAGCAGCCUCUAAAAAUCAAAGUCAUCGACUUUGGCCUGGCUGUGAAAGAUCCUGCUGAAUACACGGGUUCAGUCCUGCAGACUCUGUGGUACAGAGCUCCAGAGGUCAUAUUGGGAGCUCCCUUCAAUGAAGCCAUUGAUGUCUGGUCCCUGGGAUGCAUUGCUGCAGAGAUUUUGAUGAACUCUGUGCUGUUUCGAGGCGCUGAUGAGUACGAUAUGAUAUGGCACAUCUAUUACAAAGUUGGAAUGGCUCCUGAACACAUGUUGUACUCUGGCAUGUAUUCUGAGGAUUUUCACAAUUAUUCGUACACAGCCAAAGGAGAGCCUGUCUGGAAAUUCAAGUCAAGUCUUGAGGCGAGAAAAUAUAAAGGUUACCCGCCCGAACUCAACAAGCUGAGUGACUUGCUGACGUACAAUGUGUCUCCUGAGCUCUCUGGAGAAGAUCUCCAGGCUGAUGAGUGCGACCGUGUGGUCUUUGUGGACCUGCUCACAAAGACUCUAAAGGUGGACGAUGCUGAGAGACUCACACCAUCAGAAAUUCUCCAGCACCCUUUCAUAACCAUGAACCACCUUGUUGGCACGUUGGAGCACAGCUCUCAGUAA